AUGAACCAAAGAAACGACGCUAUUGACUCAGCCGAUGACUGCAGACGAAAGUUCGUCGCUAGGUAUCUCUUCCGGAAGCUCACCCGAGAGCGAAAACUCACAGAGCGGUGGGCAGCUUUUGAAAAUGGCCCCUUUAAAUUCUGGUGCGACGAUUUCCGACCAGGUAAUGUCCUUCUCAACAAGGAUUUCAAAAUUGCCGCAGUUGUGGACUGGGAGUUCACAUGUGCCGCCCCUGUUGAGUUCUCGUACGCGCCACCUUGGUGGCUUCUUAUUGAAAAGCCCGAAUACUGGCCCACAGAUGGCGGUCUUGAAGACUGGUGUGGAGAGUAUGAAUGUCAACUCCAGACAUUCCUAAGAGCUAUGAUUAGCCGCGAGGACGAAGCGAUCAGGAAGUGUCAACUGAAAGAAAAUCGGCGACUUUCCGGCCCCAUGCGAGAGAGUUGGGAGAGUGGAGAUUUCUGGGUUGCGUACGCUGCAAGGAACAAUUUUGCUUUUGAUGCGAUAUAUUGGCAAAAGAUCGAUAGGCGAUUUUUCGGACCAACUAGAUGUUCUGACCCUGCGGAUGCAUGGAGGGAGAGACCAAAGUAUUUGAAUGCCGAGGAGAAACAUGACAUGGAACAGGUUGUUUCCCAGCAACUGGAAAACAUGAAGAGCAGAGUAUUGGCGUGGGAUCCGGACGAAUAUACACUGGGCCAAAUAGAUAUUGCAAGAAAGAAGGCUGAAACGGAAGAAAGCGAGAUCAAGGGGACGGAGAUCGGGUAA